ACACGCCGAAUGCUUCCAAAUUUCUCCGUUUCUGGCUCAUUCAUUUCUCAAUAGCUCCGUAUCAGCAUAACACAGAAACCUUUAAAGAGCGAGAUAAACAUUAGGAAAACAAAUUUUCCACACAAUCGCAUUCAUUCACCAUCUACCAACAGCCAAAAAUCCCACGCAAGAAUUGUAAUUCAUCAGAGAAGACGAAGUUCCAGACGUCACCUGAAAAUCUCUCUCUCUUCUCUUGUGCUCCUUUAUGGGCUGUUGUAAAAUUCACAGAAAACCAUGCCCAAGUCCAAGAAUUUCCUUAACAAUAUCAUCAAAACUUUUGGGUUCAGCUCAAGUAAAGAGGGACAAAAUGAAGAGGACUUAGAAAAGAUUGCUGCCCAGGAACAGAAGGUUUUCCCUUUCGAAACAUUGGUUGCCGCUACGAAAAAUUUUCACAGCACUCAUGAGCUCGGAAGAGGCGGUUUUGGGCCCGUUUAUAAGGGGAAGUUGGAGGAUGGGAGAGAGAUUGCGGUGAAGAAGUUGUCACAAAGUUCAAAUCAAGGAAAGAAAGAGUUUAUGAAUGAGGCCAAGUUGUUAGCUCGUGUGCAGCACCGCAAUGUUGUGAAUUUGUUGGGUUAUUGUGCACAUGGGGUAGAGAAACUACUUGUUUAUGAGUAUGUCGCACAUGAGAGCCUUGACAAGCUUCUCUUCAAAUCGAAUAGACAGGAGGAGCUUGACUGGAAGCGGAGGUAUGAUAUAAUAUGCGGCAUUGCAAGGGGUUUGCUUUACCUUCAUGAAGAUUCACACAAUUGUAUUAUACACCGAGACAUCAAGGCGAGCAAUAUUCUACUUGAUGAUAAAUGGGUCCCCAAGAUUGCUGAUUUUGGCAUGGCCCACCUCUUUCCUGAAGACGAAACGCACGUCAAUACCCGUGUAGCUGGUACCAAUGGGUAUAUGGCUCCAGAGUAUGUUAUGCAUGGCCAUUUAUCAGUGAAGGCGGACGUGUUCAGUUUCGGAGUUGUGGUUUUGGAGCUGAUCAGUGGCCAAAGAAAUUCAUCGUUCAACUUAAAUGUUGACGCGCAGAGUCUACUUGAUUGGGCAUACAAGCUUUACAAGAAAGGGAGGAGCUUGGAGAUUAUGGACCCGACAUUAGCAUCAUCUGCGGUCACGGAGCAAGUAGCAAUGUGCAUUCAAAUAGGGUUGCUAUGCAUACAAGGUGAUCCCCAACUCAGACCCACCAUGCAUCGUGUGGUGGUAAUCCUAUCCAAGAAACCAAGCAAUCUGGAAGAGCCAACUAGACCUGGAGUACCCGGAUCAAGAUAUAGAAGAUCUCGCCGGCCACCAGGACUGUCUUCCACUGGUGGGAGUUCUGGUGAAUCUAAUUCCCGUUCCCGUACAUUUGGUUCAAGCUUUACUGCCACUGGAACCACUUCAGCAGCACCAGAACUAGAUGACCGUGGCAAGCGUCCGGCGGAAAUUUAGGUAUACUCUUUAUAGGAGGUUUUGAUUAUUCUUUUUGUACAAUAGAAAUGUAUAAUUUUGUGUAAUAUGAUGUCAAGUUAAAAGAGGAAAUUCCAAAUUGUUGCAUUUUGGUUCAACUCCAAUUA